AUGCUGCUGACGGUGUUCUGCCUGCGGCGGGACCGCUCCGAGCUGACCUUCUCGCUGCAGGUGGACGCGGACUUCGAGCUGCAGAACUUCCGCGCCCUCUGCGCCCUCGAGUCCGGCGUCCCCGCCUCCGAGAGCCAGAUCAUCUUCGGCGAGCAGCCACUCACCGACAACCACCGGUCGUUGGCGUCGUACGGCCUGAAGGAUGGCGACGUGGUGAUCCUGCAGCAAGUGGAGAAUGGGCAGGCACAGUCCCCGGCCCCCUUUCCUGGUCUGCCCAGGAUAGACUUCAGCAGCAUCGCCGUGCCGGGGACGUCCGCCCAGUUGUCCCAGUCUCUACAGCUGCCACCCCCAGCCCCCGCCCCACCUGAUUCCUCGGGGGCCCCAGCCCCUCCCGAGCCGCCCUCCAUACCGCAGGGCCUCGACAACCCGGCCCUUUUGCGAGCAAUGCUGUUGGCCAACCCCCACGAGCUCUCCUUGCUGAAGGAACGCAACCCCCCUCUGGCCGAGGCGCUACUGAGCGGGGACCUGGAGAAAUUCACUCAGGUUCUGGUGGAGCAGCAGCAGGACCGAGCGCGCCGGGAGCAGGAGAGGAUCCGUCUCUUCUCCGCUGACCCAUUUGACCUGGAAGCCCAGGCCAAGAUCGAGGAGGAAAUUAGGCAGCAGAACAUUGAGGAGAACAUGACCAUCGCGAUGGAAGAGGCCCCCGAGAGCUUUGGCCAGGUGGUGAUGCUGUACAUCAACUGCAAGGUCAACGGCCACCCUGUGAAGGCCUUCGUGGACUCGGGUGCUCAGAUGACCAUCAUGAGCCAGGUGCAGAUCGAGGGGGAUUUCCUCCCGUGCUCCUUCUCCAUCCUGGAGGAGCAGCCCAUGGACAUGCUGCUGGGCCUGGACAUGCUGAAGAGGCACCAGUGCUCCAUCGACCUCAAGAACAACAUGCUGGUGAUCGGCACCACCGGCUCUCAGACCUCUUUCCUGCCUGAAGGAGAGCUUCCCGAAUGUGCCAAGCUGGCUUACGGGCCGGGCCGGGAGGACAUGCGGCCCGACGAGCUGGCCGAUCAGGAGCUGGCCGAAGCCCUUCAGAAGUCUGCCGACGAAGCAGUGCUGGGCGUUACUUCGGCUAAUGCAUGUGGGCGUGCCGGAGGGCGCCUGCUGGGCUUGGCUCGGGCUAACCGGAGGACCCCCCCUCUCCCCCUGAGCAUGGCAGAGCACUUUUCUUCUGGCGUCUUGCAGCUCUCCGCCACACCUGUCACGGCUCUGCGGCUCCCCGGAAGUCGGGAAAGACUAGCGAUACAGAAACUACCUCACGACGUGAAGCUCCUUCACAACCAACGUCGGACAGCUUUCAACCUCCGGUUUCUCUUCCAGAACGUGGUCUGA